GCGGGGUGGGAGCGGUGUUGGAGCUGUUGAGGGACGCUGGAUGGCAAUUACCAGAGGGUGUGAGGUGGUGACCUGGGGUGGAGUACUGCCACCCGGACUCGGGAAGAAAAUCCUGAGGUGGCGACCCGCAGACUGCGCUGGCGGGAGAUGGAGAGCCCGCUCACGCCCACCCGACCGCCUACCACUAGUGUUCCCGGAUGCAUGUGCUCCAGCGCCUGCCCUUUCGCCAUUUCCCCCCAUUGGCAUUAAAUCCUGGUGUGGUAGAUUAUCAGUGAUUAAAAGUCUAGACAGCCACGUGUUCUAUUGCCGCCAGUCUGCAGGAAACACAAGUGAUCGUUUUGCUGCGUUAACUCUAUGGGCGCCCAAAUCUUAGGAAUCCAUUACACGCCACCACCAAAACAGAGCUUGACCUCCUGGACUGCCACGCAGGAGGCGAUCAACGUUUUUCUUUCUUUCCUUAUUUUUUAAAGAGACAGGGUCUCGUUUUGUCACCCAGGCUGGAGCGCAAUGACAGGACCAAGGCUCACUGCAGCCUGGAACUCCCGGGCGCAAGUCAUCCUCCCUCCUCAGCCUGGGAGUAGCUGGGACCCAGGGCGCUCGCCACCACGCCUGGCAUCAAUCAACGUCUUUUAAAAUAAAGGCUGUUAAACGUAUUAUAUAAAAGAAGCUUUUUACUGGUCGGUCCUACAAGACGUGCGUGAUUUUUAGGUUUGGUUAAUGCAUUGUUUCCCCUACAAUCUCAACCCGCGGAAACCCCGAAACUCUAGAAUUUGUGCAGGUCCCUUUUGCUUCCAGGUCACCCCCGGGGCAGCAGCCGCCGCUCUAAUUCUUGUCAGAACCUCCGGGCCAGUUUCAGGAACGUGAAGGCAGAAGCUGGCGCCUCUGUGGGAUGUGAGGGCGUGCAGAGCGCGGGGAGGGGAGCCCCACUGGCCUUUCCCGGGCACUCGUGGUCGAUGGGAACACUCCUUCGGGCACCUUUCCGGGAAGUUGUUUGGCUGAGGGCGGGUGGUCCGUCACGUUGUUAAUCCAGCGAAUAGGGAAGGGUAGAUGCAAGCUGCUUGAUUUAGAAAAAAAACAAAAAUGAGCAAACGAGACGCCCCUUCCGUUUUAUGAUAACCAAGCUGCAUGGAAACAAAUCGGCUGGCCCUAUUGCAACCUACUGCACUCGAGUGACAAGAGAGCCUGCUUCUGUCAAUCACUGAAGACAUAAGGAAAUUUUUUUUUAAAUUUAAACUUCAACACAAUGAGGUGUUGCCACAUCUGCAAACUUCCUGGGAGAGUAAUGGGGAUUCGAGUGCUUCGAUUCUCUUUGGUGGUCAUCCUCGUAUUAUUACUGGUAGCUGGCGCUCUGACAACUUUACUUCCCACCGUCAAAGAAGACAAGAUGCUCAUGUUGCGUAGGGAAAUAAAAUCCCAGGGCAAGUCCACCCUGGACUCCUUUACUCUCAUAAUGCAGACGUACAACAGAACAGAUCUCUUACUAAAACUUUUAAAUCAUUAUCAGGCUGUACCAAAUCUGCACAAAGUGAUUGUGGUAUGGAACAAUAUUGGAGAGAAGACACCAGAUGAGUUAUGGAAUUCUCUAGGACCCCACCCUAUCCCUGUGAUCUUCAAGCAACAGACAGCAAACAGGAUGAGAAAUCGACUCCAGGUCUUUCCUGAGCUGGAAACCAAUGCAGUGUUGAUGGUAGAUGACGACACACUCAUCAGCACCCCAGACCUUGUUUUUGCUUUCUCAGUUUGGCAGCAAUUUCCUGAUCAAAUUGUAGGAUUUGUUCCUAGAAAGCACGUCCCUACUUCAUCAGGUAUCUACAAUUAUGGAAGUUUUGAAAUGCAAGCACCAGGGUCUGGAAAUGGUGACCAGUACUCUAUGGUGCUGAUUGGAGCCUCAUUCUUCAAUAGCAAAUAUCUUGAACUCUUUCAGAGGCAACCUGCAGCUGUCCAUGCUUUGAUAGAUGAUACUCAAAACUGUGAUGAUAUUGCCAUGAAUUUUAUCAUUGCCAAGCAUAUUGGGAAGACUUCAGGGAUAUUUGUGAAGCCUGUAAACAUGGACAAUUUGGAAAAAGAAACCAACAGUGGCUAUUCUGGAAUGUGGCAUCGAGCUGAGCAUGCUCUGCAGAGGUCUUACUGUAUAAAUAAGCUUGUUAAUAUCUAUGAUAGCAUGCCCUUAAAAUACUCCAACAUUAUGAUUUCCCAGUUUGGUUUUCCAUAUGCCAACUACAAAAGAAAAAUGUAAAAGUGAAACAAACAAAAACAAACCUGAAAACUGCUUGGUAUUUGAGUAGCUUCUCCAUGCUAUGUAUUUUUCUAACCAACAUCAUGAACUUUUAUCUACUCCAGAAGUCUCUACAAUAGAAAAAAAGUACCGCGCUUCUAGGAUAUAAAAUUCACAUUACUUUCGAAAGCCAAGAAGUUUGGGCUUAUCCAGUUAGGUCUUCUUAUGAAGAGUUUUCAUCCAAGGAUAUAACUCCUUGGUCAGUGAUUUUAUUGUUUACAUCCUGAGACUGUCCUACAGUGUCUUUGACUCCUGGCAUUUGCCUUAAGGACCUAUAGCAAGCUGUUUCUAGGAUCAGAAACUCAAGAGAGGCAUUUCUCUGCUUUUUCACUAACGGUCAAUUGUUUUAAUUUGAAGCCUGAAAUGCCUCUUUAGCAAAAGCCUGUAGUAUGGGGUAAAGCCAUGUGAGAAGAGAAUAGUCUCAGUCACAUAUGAAGAGGAAAAUUUGCGGCUAUCAGUGCUUCCUUGUGUCCCUGCUAACCAGCUCUUCCAGGACUAACUCAGUGCAGCAUGUUUUUGAUGUAACCGCCAGUGCUUUUAUUUUUGUUAAGUCUUUUGUGACUGGGACAGCUAAUUUUAGUAGCGAAGAACGUCUAGUUGUUUGUGUGACUUUUGUGAACAUUUACUGCACGGAUCACAAAACAAUAUAGCGUAUGUUUCUUAUAUGCAUCAAAGAGUAAAUGUGUUACUAGAUUCGGGUAGUGCAUUUUGUCACUGAAUCAGACCUCGCGAAUGAACAUUAAUUCUUAUGUUUUAUGUAAUGUAUGUGUUGUUUAAGAAAUGUACAGAAAAAACCUUCUGAAAAAUUGAGUAAGAACUGGCAGAAGUUAAAACCUUUGUAUUAAAAGAUCUUUAUUGUUCAAGCAUUGGUUAUCUUCCAGAUACUAAUAAGUUGUAUUGCAAAGCCAAACACUUGCAUUCACAACUUUAAAAAAAAAAAAAAAAAAGAUCCAAGGUACUAUUCAUCAUGAUGAAAUUUCAACUACAUGCAAAGAGGAGAAAAUAAGAACUGAGCAAUAACAGAGGAAUUCUAUAAGUAGUCUACAUCAGUUCAUUGUUGACUGCCCACUCUCUGUCAUGUGAAUUAGUAUCUGUGUUCCACUCAUUGUCUGUGUUUAAUUCUUGUUCACAACUGGGGCCAGGAAUUCUUAAGUAGGCCUCUGUUUACCACCUUUUCUUUCUCCUCCUUUCCCUCUUCUUCCUCCUUCUCCUCUUCUUAUAUAAUGCCAGUAUAUUCUCAAAAUUGCGAAGCUGUGAGAAUAUUAAAAUAAUCAUGGCUAAUGUUCCAAUAAUGAGGUCUUUGUGCAUUUAGUUCAGUGUAUGAUGGUUUGUUUUUUUUUACAUUGAAGAGUGUAUGUGUCUUAAUGCAAUCAGAUUUAAAAAGAAACAAAAAGAAAGUUAGAAACUUACUAAAAAUUGAUAAUGUCAAUUAUCUGUUUUGUCCAAUAUUGGUAGUACUUUUUUGCCUCUUAUGAUUUCUCUAGCAGAUAAAUAAAAUAAACUUUUGCCAUCCAUG